CAGAAUAACCUCAGUAACCCCCCCACUCCUCCGGCCUCCCUGCCCCCGACCCCGCCGCCUGUCGCCCGGCAGAAACUGCUCAACGGCUUCGCCACCACGGAGGAGCUGUCCAGGAAGGACAUCACGGAGCAGGACGUGAAAAGUGUUAAACAGAAGGGGGAGGGGCUUCUGACUUUAAACCACGCCUCCAAAACUGUGGACGUCCCUGCCUCCUUGCCAACCCCACCACAUAACAACCAGGAGGAGCUCAGGUAAGCCCCGCCCACUGACCAAACACCUUCUCAGCUGCUGUCCCUGACCCCCCGAGACCAUG